AUGCACAACAAGGACUCUUUACCGGUCCGAACCAACCCAUCAACCCGACCCAUAGCCCGUCACCACUCCGCGAGCUACAUUGCUCAUCGGGUCAAAGAAAGCCUCACAACAAGAGUCUCUAAACUCAUUUGUGCCAUUUUCUUAUCUCUUUUGCUAUGUUUAGGCAUUGUUUUUUUCAUCCUAUGGAUCAGUCUACGUCCUCAUCGACCCCGUUUCCACAUCAGCGGGUUCUCUCUUCCCGGUUUGGGUAAACCAGACGGUUUUGAGACCGCUCAUAUAAGCUUCAAGAUAACGGCUCAUAACCCAAACCAAAACGUUGGCGUCUACUACGACUCCAUGGACGGUUCCGUUUUCUACAAAGAGAAACGGGUCGGGUCGACUAAUCUCACUCACCCGUUUUACCAAGACCCGAAGAAUACGAGCUGGAUCGAAGGAGCCUUACGUGGGCCAACAAUGGCAGUGAAUAAGGACCGUUGGAUGGAAAUGGGACGAGACAGGGAUCAAGGGAAGGUAGUGUUCCGUUUGGAGGUCGUGUCCGUGAUACGAUUUAAGGUGUAUACGUGGCACAGUAAGAGCCAUAGGAUGCACGCAAACUGUUAUAUUGAGGUUGGCUGGGAUGGCAUGUUGUUGAGUGGGACCAAAGACAAGAGAUGUCCGGUUUAUUUCACUUGA